AUGGGUGGAGUCGACCGCACUGACCAGCUGGUCAAACCCUAUGAGGUACCUCACAAAACACUGAAGUGGUAUUAGAAGCUGGCCAUCCACUUUAUGCAGCUGUCUAUGCUCAACAGCUUUAUUGUGUAUCAAAAGGAUGGUGGUCAAAAACCAUUCCUGGAAUUUUAAUGCGAAGUGAUUGCAGCCCUUAUCUUUGAAACUGGUGCUGACAUGGAGAUUCCUAGAAAGGAGCAUUUCGUAAGGCUUACUGAGCGUCACUUUGUUUCACCUGUUACAGAAACAGCCUCUAAACAAAAGCCUCAGAAGAGAUGCAGGGUGUGCUAUAAGAAAAAGGUUCGCAAGGACAGUCACUACCACUGUCCAAACCGUCCAAGCAGUCCGCGACUUUGUUACUAUCCAUGUUUUGAACUUUACCACACUAAAGUCAAUUACUGGGUGUGAAACUCCACAUUCAUCACAAAGCAGUAAUUAGAUUUAAUUCUAUUGUAAAUAGCCAGCAAAUAAUCUGUUUUAGUAAAACUUAGUGUGGUAACUUAUGAAUGCAAGUGCCAUGAAUUUUCUGUUCAGACUUUAUUGCAAAAUGUUAUUGUUCAAGGAGAUUUUAUAAUUUUCUCUGUAAAUAGCAGAAGCCCAAUAUAUUGAAAAUUUGUUUAAGUUGCUUCAUUUUACUAGUGACAUAAUUUUUAGAAGGAAAUAGUCCCAUAUUUUGGUCUACAUAUACACCAAUUUUACUAAUUUAUGCUAAUUUUUAUAUCAAAAUGACAUCAUUAAGUAUCAAAUUACAAAAAUCAAUAGUCACAAGUUUAAAAUAAAGACUUUUUCUUGUAGUUUCAAAAUAUGUACACUUUUCUUUGGUUAUGUUCUAUUGUUAAGAUGUUAUUUCCAUUUUAUUGAGGACAACUUAAAAUACUUCAAAAAAAGGAAUAUGGACUUGGCACAGGAGGUUAACAUGGGGUUAGCAGUAGAGGGGUUAAACAAAACUGCCUGAAAAACCCAGUGAACACUGCUUCUGUACUAGUUGUUAGUCUCGUUGUGUUAUCAAGAUGGAUCUCAACGUGAUAUAAGGAAACUGUUUAACCCUUUGCAAACAAUAUGAUCUAAGGUUAGUUAUGUCCCAAGUGAACAUUUCCUUUCAGUUCAUUAUAGUCAUUUUCUCUGAUUCUUACAGUUUUUCUCAGAAGACAUUAUGUAUCUGUAGGGAUAACGUCAUUAAACGCAUUGUUCCAUUUUUAAACUCUGAGUGGUUUCCAUUACUUGAUCGAUAUUUCACCGUUCCCGUAAAAACUGGGGGGCCAUAACUUGAACUAGGAGAGAAUCUGGAAAAUUCUUCUUCACAAUGCUAGGUUGUUGAAGAGGCGCGUUUGAAGGGUCAAAAGGCAACUAGGCUAUAAGCGAUUGGAUUGGGUGCCUUAUCCCCGAAAGGGAGAUAAAGUGUGGGUGCUUUUAAACGGGGUGGUUCAGGGGUGGGGAGUAGCUUUCAAAUACUAUCAUCGUACAAGGUGCGCGUUAUCCCAGUGGUAACUUUUGACACCUCCACCUAAAAGGGGAACCAAGAUACCUGCUCAUAAAAAUAAAUGUUUUUUCCUGUUUUAUCUAAAAACUGUUGUUUUCAUCACUGCAAUGGAUUACUUAAUAACCAUGUCCUUGUCUUAAUCAGAAAGGGUCAACAUGAAAGAACUUGGAAAAUUCUGCUUCCCAGUGAUACGAUAAGACCUGACAUCAAAGGAAUAUUAGUCUGGCUUGUAUCCUCCCAUCCAAAGACCACAGUUAAGUUUAGAAUGUGGACAUUUAAAUUAAUGUCUAGUUCAUUUUUUUCAUCCAUUUUUGUUCAUUGCAUGCCAAAUUACGCUUACAGCCAUAGCUAAGCCAAUGAACAGGCAGCACCUUCCUAGCUUGACCUCUGCCUUCUUAAAUAGGUCAACCAUGAACAGCAAGUUGCCCUUGUAAGGGCCCAAGGAUUAUUUCCUGAUGCAACCCAACAGCAGCGAAGGUCUUGCAAACACAACUCAACCAAGCGUGGGUAAAGGGCGGGAGUAACUAUAACACUCUUAUGACUCUCCAUGGGGUGCUGCCUUCUCGUGGCGGGAGUAGUUAUUAGGUGGCUGGUGCAAGCUGCCCCUAGUCUACACAGCUGCGCCUGGCAGGGCCAUGCCUGCCUGACUUGAUGAUUGUGCCUAUCACACACAUAUUCAACAUCAGGGCUAUGUCCCUUCAUAUGCUCUUUUAUGAGCGGAAGUCUGUUACAUCUGGAUAAUGAGGCACGGUAAGGUGGAAAGCCCUACAUACGUGCGGGCCUUAAACUGCCCAUGGUUUUAUGGCGGGAUGGACAUUGACAUCGCCGCCGCUAGCCGGCGACCACAUGCCCUCAGGCUAUUAACAUCUGCUUAUCCAGACUUCAACAUCAGUCAUAUGGCUUAUAUCGGGCUGUGAUCUUGCCCAGCUACUGUGACUGAGGUAAUGGUGCUCUCUUCUCGUUCGGUGGGCUUGUUCUAUGUCAAGUCGUGUGCUUAUACCAUCUGCUGGGGGUGGUCGUACCGGCCAGUGAAGCUAAAGGUGCCCCAAGCUGCCGCUGGUUAGCAGCCCGUAGUAGCUCUUUGCAUUGCUUUCGAUAAAAACUCAAAUGACAAUGGGGAGCCUGCCACAGCAGGCUCUUCCAGUGACGCUCAAUCUGCUCAAAGGGUGACCGGUGGUGCUGGUGUCCUACCAUGCCCGGACUGCUGUCGUGAGUUCCGAGGCAAGGUGGGGGUCUCAUAGCAUUGACAUCGUGCACACCAAGAGGACUAACAUAAAGAUCAUGUGCCUGAGCAGAGGAAGAAAGCACGCUGGGUUUAUGAGGAAAAGGUUCUCUUGGCAAGGACAGAGAAGAACGUCGUGGAGCUGGCUGUUACUAUCACCAGUAAGACCAUGGCAGAACAGUUCCCAAGGUGCUCUUCUGAGUCAAUCAAAAAGAUGCGGCAGACAGCGGAGUAUAAGAGAAUCUUGGAAUCAUUGUCCUGCGUGCAUGGAACGCAAGACGGCCCUGCUGGGGGGAGUGCUUCUUCUCUGGCGGGCGCAGAUGGAACAAAAGACGGUAGGGUGGAAGGGGGUGAUUUCUCCGAAGCUCAUGCCACCUUUGGUGCAACAUCAAUGCCAUCCGAGGUUACUCAAGAACAGCCUGAGACCGGGGUUCCUGGGCCCCAAACGACUGACUCUGCCGAGCAGUGCGCGUGGUCGGAUGCCUUGAGGAGGGCGCUGGAGACUCAUUUAGACUUAGGGGAAUAA